AUGGCUUUGUUGAGAAGUCUAUUGGGUGCAAAGAAGAUUCUUGAAGCUGCAACAAGCAAAAGAGCAACCUCAGCGGCACCACCGAAAGGGUUCCUAGCGGUGUACGUAGGAGAGAGCCAGAAGAAGAGAUAUGUGGUGCCAGUCUCAUACUUGAGCCAGCCUUCGUUUCAAGAUCUUCUCAGAAAAUCAGAAGAAGAGUUUGGGUUUGAUCAUCCAAUGGGUGGCUUGACGAUCCCUUGUCCUGAAGAUACCUUCAAUAGUGUGACGUCUCGGUUUCAAUGA